UUUUUAGGAAAAGUUUAUUACAACAAAUUUGGAAGACGACAUUCCUCCACUAGCGCGCACAAAAUAGUCGGUUGAACCCUGCCUUAGUGUGAAGUACAAAAUAGUUCACUCGAUCACAGAAAGACAGAAAUUUAACUAUUUAGAUCUCGUAGUCCCCUAACUAAUCGAUUUUACUAAUCCAUUUAUUACGGAUGGUAAUCUAUCAGCCUGCCGAUACCAUUUUGAAUUAGUCAUUUGAUGUAGCCCUGUAGCUAGUAAUCAUAGAUUGUGACAGAAUAUUCUCAGUUGCACGUGGACUGUAGAACACUCAACACGCUGACUACCAGCCUGAAAUCAAAUGGAGUUUGAAGAGUCGGGCAUCGGAGAAGAAUGCGGAGUUUUCGGUUGUGUGGCAGCUGGAGAGUGGCCAACACAACUGGAGGUUGCCCAAGUCUUAACUUUGGGACUUGUAGCUCUACAGCACAGGGGACAGGAAAGUGCUGGUGUUGUCACUAGUAAUGGCGCCAACCCACCAACAUACACAGCCCUGAAGGGCAUGGGGUUAGUGAACAAUGCUUUCCCUCCUGAGGAUCUUCUGAAACUGCGCUAUGGUAACCUAGGAAUUGGCCACACACGCUAUUCCACUACUGGCAUCUCUGAGCUGCAGAAUUGUCAGCCGUUUGUGGUAGACACGCUACAUGGCAAAAUUGCUGUUGCACACAAUGGAGAACUGGUCAAUGCUGCAGUGCUCCGCAAAAAGGUGAUGCGUCAUGGUGUGGGGCUGUCUACCAGCUCAGACAGUGAGCUCAUCACCCAACUGUUGGCUCUGACUCCACCAAUGGAGGAGCUAGAUGCUCCUGACUGGGUUGCCAGGAUAAAGAAUCUGAUGACUGAGACACCUACAUCCUACUCCUUGCUAGUGAUGUAUACAGAUGUAAUUUAUGCUAUCCGUGACCCAUAUGGAAACCGACCCCUCAGUCUUGGACGCCUUGUCCCCAUCUCUAAACUCCACACAUCUGGUGCUGGAGAUGGAGAUACGGAGGGCUGGGUGGUGUCAUCAGAGUCUUGCAGCUUCCAGUCCAUUGGUGCCAAGUACUACAGAGAAGUCCUCCCAGGAGAAAUAGUACAGAUCUCCAAACAUGGAGUGAAGACCUUGAGUAUUGUUCCCCGCCCAGAGGGCGAUCUCCCGGCCUUCUGCAUAUUUGAAUAUGUUUACUUUGCCAGACCUGACUCCAUAUUUGAAGGUCAGAUGGUUUACACAGUAAGGCAGCAAUGUGGUCGACAACUAGCCAUUGAGUCUCCCACAGAUGCAGAUGUUGUCAGCACUGUGCCAGAGUCUGCCACCCCUGCAGCAUUAGGUUACGCACAACAGUCCGGGCUACCAUAUGUGGAGGUUUUGUGUAAGAACCGCUAUGUUGGGAGAACAUUUAUUCAACCAAAUACACGACUGAGACAACUAGGAGUGGCAAAGAAGUUUGGGGCACUGACUGACAACUUUUCUGGCAAGCGAGUGGUGCUUAUAGACGAUUCCAUUGUCAGGGGCAACACAAUCUCCCCCAUAAUCAAACUGCUGAAGGAAGCAGGGGCAACUGAGGUUCAUAUCAGGGUAGCUUCUCCUCCAAUAAGGUUCCCUUGUUACAUGGGGAUCAACAUUCCUACCAAGGAAGAGUUAAUUGCCAACAAGCCAGAGUUCAAGGACAUUGCUGGCUACAUUGGUGCCACCAGUGUUCAGUACUUGUCAGUGGAGGGCCUGGUGUCAGCCGUUCAGGGAGGGAUCCCAUCCCUCCUGGAGAAAGAUGAGAUGAUCAACUCGCAUAACAAAGCGAAUAGAAAGGUUGGCCACUGCACUGCUUGCCUGACAGGGAAAUACCCUGUUGAGCUGGAGUGGUAAUGACACAACCCCACGACCCGCCCAGGUUGGAGGACAGAAUAAAUGCUUGUGCACCAUUUGUACCAGAAGCACCACCUUUUGAAAUCAGCACUGCAGCUGAAUAACGUUUUUAGUAUAUGAGGUAUAAACUAAAUUAAAAUCUAACCAAGUGCAAGCAUUUAAGUAAAAAAAAUAUUUUUUUCCUGAUCUGAAAGAAUGCUGUGGGUUGAUUGAAAUUAAUCUGUUGUAACUCAUCGUUGCACUACAAUAAUAGUAUUUACAGCAAUAUUGUUUAGCGUAAACUGAAACCAUCCAUUCCUUCAUUGGGAUUUGUGAAUGUAAUAUUUCUUUAUUAUACCUGCAAAUCAGUGUUUGAUGCAUUGCCCAUGUAGGAGGAAAUUGUUGCCAGAUUGGUUAGUGUAAAAUGCAAUUAGUUAAAACCAAAAAUGAGAGGUGAUAAACUCCUCUAAAUAUAAAACAUCUAGCAGAAUUACCUCACUUGCAUUACGUGAUUGUUAAUGGGUGUUUUGCAUGUAUGUUUUGUAAUAACCAUACCAUACCAAACCAUACUUUCUCUUUGCCUAAAUACUUACUGCUGUGCCAUCAUUGUUCAAUGUGUAUAAUAAAGGCACCUGGACAUGGCUUCAUUUUGGAUGUUACAUAUAAUCGUUAUGGUGCGACCUGUAUGUGUAUGUAUCAAACAGAAUAAAACUGAUUAUUGAGAAUGU